AGAACGCAGACUUUAAAGAGCUGUCAUCAACUGGGGUCUCGAGACAAGACAGCCCCAGACUGACUAGAGAACUGCACGCGAGGAUAUACGGGAAACUUCUCUACGGCUUUGUUCUAGUCUCUGACAACAUAAAACGUUUUAGUUUUUAGUUCGGAUAUUUAGAUCUUCCAUGAUGAAGUUUGUAAGGUAUAUAAUGAGGAAUGCCGCAAUGCUAAAUGCGCCAAAGCAUAUCGAUUAUUACGCGAAAUUUUCUCCAUCGCCUUUGUCAAUGAAGCAGUUUCUGGAUUUCGGAUCCACAAAUGCGUGCGAGAAAACAUCCUUCGCUUUCCUCAAACAAGAGCUCCCCGUCAGACUAAGCAACAGUUUGAAGGAGAUCAACCUUUUACCUGACCAACUAAUAAUGACCCAGUCCGUUCAGCUAGUUCACAGCUGGUUUAUCCAAAGCCUGAUGGACAUCCUAGAAUUUCAAGACAAGAGUCCUAAUGACCCCAAAGUUCUUGCUGAAUUUGUGGACACUCUGGUGACCAUCAGGAACAGGCACAAUGAUGUGGUACCCACCCUGGCCCAGGGCAUCAUCGAGUAUAGGGAUGCGUUUGGGGCAGAUCCUUUGACAAGUCAGAACAUUCAGUACUUUCUGGACCGCUUUUACAUGAACCGCAUCUCCAUGCGCAUGCUCAUCAACCAGCACACUCUGAUCUUCGAUGGCUCCACAAAGCCAGGACAUCCCAGCAGCAUCGGGUGCAUUGACUCCUGCUGUGACGUCACAAAUGUAAUCAGCGAUGCAUAUGAGUGUGCUAAAAUGCUCUGUGAGCAGUAUUACCUCGGAUCCCCUGAGCUGGAGCUUAGAGAGAUAAACGCAAAGAACAAGUCGCAACCAAUCGAGAUUUCCUACGUUCCUUCUCAUCUCUACCACAUGGCUUUUGAGCUCUUCAAGAAUGCAAUGAGGGCUACUAUUGAGACUCAUGAAACAAGCAGCACAUUGCCACCAAUCAAAGUCAUGGUUGCUCUAGGUGGAGAGGACCUGUCAAUCAAGAUCAGUGACAGGGGCGGUGGCGUUCCUUUCAGGAAGAUUGAUAGACUUUUUAGCUACAUGUAUUCAACAGCGCCCAGACCUACUAUUGGUGACCAUCAACGGACCCCAAUGGCUGGCUUUGGUUAUGGCCUUCCCACCUCCCGCCUGUAUGCACGAUACUUCCAAGGUGAUCUCCAGCUUUAUCCAAUGGAGGGCUAUGGUACAGAUGCCGUAAUUCAGCUGAAGGCCCUGUCCACAGAUUCAGUAGAGAAGCUUCCAGUGUUCAAUCAGACUGCCUUGCGCCAUUACAAAUUCAACCAGGAAGCUGAUGACUGGUGCGUCCCGAGCAAGGAGCCGCUGAACUUAGCUGCCUACAAGGUUGCAAAGUGAACCAUCAGAGCUGGCUGCCUUAAAGAUAUGAAAAAGUCUUUCAAGAGAUUGCCAAGAUAGACUUCCAUUGUGGAUGCUCGCAUUCCCUACUGAACUGGGGACCAGUGACAGCAUUUCCCAAUGCUCUUUGAGUACUGUUGCCUGGGAACACUUAAACGGCAUGUGGCCAGAAUUUAAGAUGCAAAACAGUAGAUUCCUUAGUAAAAAA